AAGGACCUGCCUAGUAUGGGCCAACAGGCCUGCUGCAGUGAUCCUCCUUUCUUAUGUUCUUUUGCUGUAUGUAUCAGGUGGUUGAUAAAGCUUUAUGUAUGUGAAACAGGGUACUGAUAAAGCUCACUUUUUCCAUAUGAAUCUUUUUUCCAUGGCAAAACAUUGUUUGAUUAUUUCACACACUUUUUCGUAUGUCUUUUCGUCAAAUUUCCAACUUAAUGCCAUGGUAUUAUGACUUAUGUUUGUGUUUGAUCACAUUAAGUUACCCUCAAGAUUUAUUUCAGGGUAACAUACCAUGGUUGAAGCUCCCUAAUUCCCAUACCCUAAACAAGCUACCAAUCGAUGAAACAGUAUCAAAAUUGAGACCUGCGACUGAAGAGGACAAAAGAUAUUCAAAGCAGCUCCUCUACAAGACUCCAGUAAGUGAGGAUGAGAAUGCUCUCUACCUGGCCAAGGAACACUGCGCAGAUAUCGUCAUCUCUUCCAGUAGUUGGGUCUCAUUUGUUAAAGCCUAUGGUGAAAACCAUCUGGAAAUCCUCAGAGAAGAAGCAGAUGUUUUACAAAGAAUCUGCUCUGGCCUCAACUGGGCAAAAAUAAUUAACUACUCUUUUUUUAAUAUGGCUCCUCCAUUUGCCAUCCCAGAAGACAAAGACAGUGGUGAGGACAAGGGACAAACAGGCUAUGACGACGAUAUCUUUGAUCUUGCAUCUACUGCUGAACAUGACACCUUCGGAGUUGAUCCUGCUGUCCACUCUGUAUCUGAAAAUUCGGGCAUUAGAGACAAGAGAAAAAUAAAUAAACAAGGGAACUCAAAGUGUGAUAAAAAAGGAGAUAUUAACUCCCUUAAAGAAACUGAUAAUUCUCUAUUAAGUGACAAAAGUACAGAAGACAAAAGUGAAGAAACUGAGGAUGGAAAAAGUUCCUGCAGUGAGACCAAUACUGGCACUGGUAAAACUAAAACUCGUAAGUCAAAAAAGAAAAGAAAAAAGAAAACUGAGCUAGAGGUGAGUCUGUUACCAGAGACUACACUUUCUAGUCCUCUGAAAGACUGUACUGGUGCCAGUCCCACCAAAGUCAGUGAAAGCAUUAAUUACCCACCAAAUAUUCUGCCUACCAGUUCCAGUAUUCCACAAGACAUAACAGCUUCAGUGUCUGACAGUGGCAGCAGUGUACUGGAUAAUCUGCUCAGCAUGCAAGAUUCUUUUCUGAAGCCAACUCAGAAGAUAACAUCUCCCAUUAAAUCCAAGGAUGAAGCCUCUGAGACAACCCCUAAUCUGAAGCCUUGGUCGAAUUCGCUAAAUACGGACUGGAAGGCGCACUCAAAGGGCCAGAAUUGUCCAUAUUUAUCAGGAAUUAAUGUGCAUUACCAGCUGUUUUCAUUUGGCAUCAACAGCUCUGAGCCCUGCGAAUCUUCACAGCCUCUCAGAAUAUUAAUUCGUCAUAGUGUUCAUGGACUCUCCAGAUUUAAAAAUGAAAAGCUACUAUCCAAAGCAUACACGAUAUAUCCCAAACUUGAAAACCAAGCAUAUUUUGGGUGCGAAGUUAACACAUUGUCUGAAAUCACGCAGCAAUGGAUUCAACUUUUAACCCGACCCAACACUACUCUCCUUCAAGUACGUGUGUGUGAGAGCUCCGGUGAAAUUAUGAUGGCAGAAGAAAAGGAUUUACCUAUGGUUCUGAAGGAAGGACAACAACCACACAUUGGCUUUCAACCUCACCAGCCUCUUGCAACGUUGCAUUCUGUGUUUUCUGCAGUUUGCAGGAUAGUUACUGGUCACUAUAUCCUUCAUCAUGACCCUAAAACAGAGGCAUUUAUCACGCUUCUUAAAGCAACGGAUUCAGAUAAGGAGUUGCACCUGCAGAAAUUCAAUCUGCAUGCAGUGUACUCAACAGGAUCUGUCAACACCAAGAACUACACUGUGCCUCCCUGGCUGGCCCUCGACACCCAUGUCCUCACACCAUUCCAUCUCAAGCACUGCAAGAUCCCGGCCACCUUUCCCAUGGAUAACCCCACGAAGGUCCUCACAAAAGGAGAAAAGCGUAAAAUAAAGGAGAAAGCAAAACUGAAGAGAAAAUUAGAAGACCUUGACAAACCAAAAGAGGAAGAUGCGACAGAAGACUAUAUGGAAGCCAUUAAAAAUACUGGAACAGUAAGGAGGAGAAGAAGAGAGAUGCUGUGAAGAAUGUGGUCAUGAAAAGACAUAGAAGAAUAUGUACAAGAGAUGUCUUCUGAAGAGUGUGUGGUGUCUCUCUCUAUCAUCUCAUAACUGACACUGACCUGUUUCAACAACUUCAGCCUCUAUCCUUAUUGUCAAUGUUUAUUUAUUAGCCACUCCAGCCUUUCCCUCUUCCCAUCUAUAUUUUUUCCUUUGCCAUGCAAGACUAUGUCUCUAACAGGUUACGUGCUUUCCAUGAAUAUAGAAGAGCGUGGCUAUAAACAUUGAAACAAUGAGAAGAUGUACAUCUUCUGUUU